AUGAAAAACUUGCAGAUAUACAAGGUUGGCAUAUUUUGCGUAUUGGUUCUUAUAAAACUUGCAAUUUUGGUGUUUGAGGGAAUGUACGUGGCUCCAGAUUUUCAUGACGCUACGAACUCAAUGGUAAAAAUACAUGUACCAGCAAUGAAUGAAACCACAUACCGCCGACUCGUGGAGGCUUUAUGGGAGCCUGCAGGAGGGUUUGGUGAAGCAGGACAUGGUGAAGGAAUGGCGAGGCAGGCUCGUCUUUGGCGGGAUCUAAAUGAGACGUGUGUAUGGCCACGACGGGCGUUUGAUGUGCAUUUUGACGCGUUUUACUAUGCAAAUGGGUCUCGGGUUGAAGCUUUGGAUGCACGCAAUUCACCUACAUUGGCUGAACGGAUUCUCACAACAGGAUUAGAUUCUGGUGUGGCGGAAUGGAUGCGUGAAAUGACUAGUGACGAACGUGUAUAUCGACGUUUAAUGUGUUCUCGAUCUAGACGAUUGACUUGGCCGCGGCCUCAGGGAGACUCUGAGCCUGCUGUUAGUGAUAAGCCUGCACCGCCAGAGUUGUGUGAACUUUGGGUGCGCGUGCAUGGGUCGCGCAAACGGAUGCUUAUUUCAGUUUUAUUAUUUUCAGACGGUAUUAUUUUUUUUUCAUUUUUAGCAGCCGCCGUGGCUCGAAUUUUGCGUAUGCGAAAUACGGAAGAUGGACUUGAUUACUCUAUGAGUUUUUAUAUAACACAGCGACCGCCCUGCAGCGGGAUUCCAGGAUAUCGUUCAGUCGAACUUUGGAGCAGAAUGCCCCCAACUGCUACGUUUAUUCAAGUGGAUAUGUUACUGGCAUGUUUUCAUUGUGUGCUCAAUCUAGCGUACACGCUUUAUUUACCCCACAGAGUUGAAGUACCAUUAGCUGCAAUUAAUACCCACCUUUUAGAUUUGGGUGUGUCAGCCAGACUUUUGAAUCGUGGAGUGACGUUGGCAUACUCUGUGUAUCUUUUAAUACCAAUAUCUGUCGUGGUUGACGUGAUAUUAGUGGCACCAUUAGCCAUUUAUGAAUUUUUUGUUUUUAAACAAUUGGCUGCAGAACACCGUGAGCAGCGAAAGAUUCAGGCUGCUGCGGCUGCAGCUGCGGUGAUUGCUAGCUGUGAAUUUAUGAAUGACGAAAAUACAGUACUGGACUUGAGCCAGGAAAUGCUGGGCCUGGACCCAAACGUGCUAGCCCGGUAUGUGCGAUAUGAUCCAAUGUUGGAUCAAUAUGUACAGGUACCACCUCCGGCUUAUUGUCGGAUUCCUGCGAGGGGUGAGGCCUUGCCUCCAUAUGAAGCAUAG